AAAAAUAUAAAACACACUUCUUACAUGUCCUUGGUGCUUGUAAGCCCAGAUUAUAUGCAGGCUUUUUUUUUUUUUUUAGACGGAGUCUCUGUUGCCCAGGCUGGAGUGAAGUGGCGAGAUCUGGGCUCACUGCAACCUCCAUCUCCUGGGUUCAAGCGAUUCUCCUGCCUCGGCCUCCUGAGUAGCUGGGAUUACAGGCACGCGCCACCACCCUCAGCUGAUUUUUGUAUUUUUAGUAGAGAAGGGGUUUCACCAUGUUGGCCAUGCUGAUGUCGAACUCUUGACCUCAAGUGAUCCGCCCGCCUCGGCCUCCCAAAGUGUUGGGAUCACAGGCGUGAGUCACAGCGCCCGGCUGCUUUUCUAUACAUUAAGUGUGCUUGCAUGAGACUGCGACCUCUGGCCCUCAGCCUCUUAAUAAAUACUCCAAGUGACUUUAUUGGAACAACCACUGAGAAUCACUUAUCUAGAGAGUGGGAAGUUGCUGAUCUCAUCACUGCGUAGGGCGGGGUGAGGGAAGCAACCCUGCCCUUCCCCUUUCUCGGAAAGCAGCUGGCUUUGAAGAAAGAGAAACCAGGACGGGAAAGUCCUGAUUUCUAAUCUGAAACGGCGCUUUUUGUCCAGAGACCGGUGACGAGCGACCCUGGGCUCGGGUUUCGAUUGGGCAGUUCGGAAACUGUAAAAGCGAAUUAAAAGGGUGACAGGCUAGUGCUUUAGCCUAUCCAGUUCCGGGAGUUUGCACCGAGACGCUCUGCUUUGUGACCUUGGCUCUGCUCUGUGGGCGCCGCCCCCAGCCUGGGCGCGUCCGUCGUCGAAUACCUUCUCCUCUGCCUCCCUCUCCCUGUGCUUCUGUCUCCAAUUGCCCUCCCUGGCCUGCGGCCGCCCGGUCCUCCUUCCCAGCCCGGUGUAGCCAGGCACCCGGGUUCAGCUUGCUCGGGUCUCUGUCCGGGACUGGGAAGCCACGGAGGGCCGGGAAAGUGGCACACUCCUGGAGCGCAAGCUUCCUAACUCUCUCAUCGCUGAAUAACUACCGGGCAGGACUGGGUGGAACAGACAGCAUAUCUAGGUCAUUGAUGGGCUGCUGGGUGGAUGGAGCUGGAAAGUGAUGGGCACUGCUUUCUGGGGCUGCCCAGGUUUCUUCCGAGGGCUCUCUUUUCCUGGGCAGAGCGGGAAAGAGGAGGGGCAGGCUGGUCGCGAAACACAAAUAGUCGAGAAUAGCGAUCUGGGGAGAAGCAGGUGUCUGUGGGGCCCAAGAGAAGUACCAUCUCGUUAAAAAUUCAGAUUGAACUAUCUUACAAAUGGCUCCCAGAAGAUCCACUCCCUGUGGGAGCACAGCAGUUGUGGAGGUGAAGACAGGACUGGACCCAGAAUAAGAGUUCAAAUAUGCCAGAAAAUCUGACCUCUAAAUUCUUAUAAGUCAGAGAGUGACUGAACAACAACAGUGAGACAUUGAAGAGUUUUAAUAUUUGCUGUAAACCUUGGCACAGAUCACUUACUUCUCUAAGGCUGAAUCCAAAAAGCACAAUGGAAUACUAUAAUAAGCUGAGACAGCAUGGUGAAUUCCAGACAAGCCUGAGCAUUCCCUACAGCCAGAGAAGGAGGCCCAACACCUAACGUAGCCUUGGAUGCAGAACUGAUAGAACUUGGGGAAAGUGAUUAAGUAGCUGACCUCACCUGUGAAUCUCUAGCACCUGUAGUGAUUGACCUACCUCACCAUGACUCUGUAGUGAUUAUUGAACAAAGGAGGAGGCCAAGAGCAAACACAAGGUCACUCCAAGACCAAACUGGCAGUUGUGUGGUGAACACUGAUGAGGAGGGAGUGAAAAGGGACAGAGAUGUAUGUAUAACCAACAGUGCCCACCAUAAUUCCCUGCAAAAAAAUUUUUUUUGUCAUCUAUUACCUGGUUAUAUUCAGUGUCAAGUUUGCAUGGAUGGAUGCUCAGAGAUUGAACUUAGUAUACAACACAUCUACUCUAUAGAAUGCGGCCACAUCUGUAGUCGGUGCUUCUGCACUUCCUUUACACAUACUAACACUGCCCAGUUUGUCUGAAAAAAAUCAGCCUCCAUCAGUAUCACUGCAUUUAUAUAUGAUGUGUGCCUUAUUGCUCAAGACAGAUCCUGUGGCUGGAUUUUUCCAUGUCUUGCAGGAACUAUGGGUUGUUGGCAUCCAAUGCUCUGAGCUUAAAAAGACUGAUUUUUAAAAUUGCUAUCUGCAGUGUAUAAAAAUCUCUUUGAUUUCUCAUAUGCUCUGAGACUGCUUUUUGUUUCCUUUGGUUUUAUGUUUCAGCGCUGGACUUCAGUUGCCAGAGUGUGCCAGAUACUGGGGUCGUCCUUAAAGCAACUUUCUCUUUCUUACAGUCAUCAAUUUUUAGUUGGCCACAUGUGGACAUUCUGGACCACAUAAAUAAAGACAACACCCUAGAGAUGGUGAAAGCAUCCUUAGUCCAGAAAUGGGGAGCUAUGAACCUUAAGAUUAGACUACCAACUCGAAUCUAAAUGAGCUGCCCUCGUCUCCUACAAAAGAAAAGUUGGGCAGGUAUCCUUCAACCCCUCCUCCAACAUCGAUCCAGGCAACUAUGUUGAAAUGAAUGAUUCAAUCACCCACCUACCCUCUAAAGUGGUGAUACAAGAUAUUACUAUGGAGCUACACUGCCCACUGUGCAAUGAUUGGUUCCGUGACCCACUGAUGCUAAGCUGUGGCCACAACUUCUGUCAAGCCUGUAUCCAAGACUUUUGGAGGCUGCAAACAAAGGAAACAUUCUGUCCUGAGUGUAAGAUGCUAUGUCAGUAUAGCAACUGUACAUUCAACCUUGUACUGGACAAGUUGGUAGAGAAGAUUAAGAAGUUACCCCUACUCAAGGGCCAUCCACAGUGCCCAGAGCAUGGAGAGAACCUGAAACUGUUCAGUAAACCAGAUGGGAAACUGAUCUGCUUUCAAUGCAAGGAUGCUCGGUUGUCUGUGGGGCAGUCUAAGGAGUUCCUGCCAAUCUCUGAUGCUGUCCGUUUCUUCAUGGAGGAGCUUGCCAUCCAACAGAGUCAACUGGAGACAACUCUGAAGGAGCUUCAGUCCCUGAGGAACAUGCAGAAGGAAGCUAUUGCUGCUCACAAGGAAAACAAGCUACAUCUGCAGCAACAUAUGUCCAUGGAGUUUUUAAAGCUGCAUCAGUUCCUGCACAGCAAAGAAAAGGACAUUUUAACUGAGCUCCGGGAAGAGGGGAAAGCCUUGAAUGAGGAGAUGGAGCUGAAUCUGAGCCAGCUUCAGGAGCAAUGUCUCUUAGCCAAGGAUAUGUUGGUGAGCAUUCAGGCAAAGACGGAACAACAGAACUCCUUCGACUUUCUCAAAGACAUCACAACUCUCUUAGAUAGCUUGGAGCAAGGAAUGAGGGUGCUGGCAACCAGAGGGCUUAUUUCCAGAAAGCUGAACCUGGGCCAGUACAAAGGUCCUAUCCAGUACAUGGUAUGGAGGGAAAUGCAGGACACUCUCUGCCCAGGCCUAUCUCCAUUAACUCUGGACCGUAAAACAGCUCACCCAAAUCUGGUGCUCUCCAAAAGCCAAACCAGCGUUUGGCACGGUGACAUUAAGAAGGUAAUGCCUGAUGAUCCAGAGAGGUUUGACUCAAGUGUGGCUGUGCUGGGCUCAAAAGGCUUUACCUCUGGAAAGUGGUACUGGGAAGUAGAAGUAGCAAAGAAGACAAAAUGGACAGUUGGAGUUGUCAGAGAAUCCAUCAUUCGGAAGGGCAGCUGUCCUCUAACUCCUGAGCAAGGAUUCUGGCUUUUAAGACUAAGGAACCAAACUGAUCUAAAGGCUCUGGAUUUGCCUUCUUGCAGUCUGACACUGACUAACAACCUCGAGAAGGUGGGCAUAUACCUGGAUUAUGAAGGAGGACAGGUGUCCUUCUACGAUGCUAAAACCAUGACUCACAUUUACACCUUCAGUAACACUUUCAUGGAGAAACUUUAUCCCUACUUCUGCCCCUGCCUUAAUGAUGGCGGAGAGAAUAAAGAACCAUUGCACAUCUUACAUCCACAGUAAUGAGUCUUACUAUUAUACAAAUUCAGAGUGUUAUUAAAGAGGUAUUGAAAUA